UUAUACAAUCUACCAUGCAACUUUAUACGAUCUGCUUGGUACUUCUCUAUGUGAUCUACAGUUUAAAUGGUCACCCAAGGUCGGACCAAGAUUUAGACCACCAAUUGGAGAAUCCCGUAGUCAUUACAAACUUAAAAAUGGAUGCGAUUAUUAAUACAAAUCCCGUUAGGAAUAACAAUAAAGCUACAAAGAUCUUAAAUACACUUAUUAAGCUGUGUAAAUCUGAAACUGGAUACUCAGAUAAUCCAAAAUCAGAUAUUACUUUAGGUUCACAAAGUAUCCGUAAUUUAAAUGCACUCAAAAACAACAUAACUAUGUCUGAAGUUCUAAUGCCGUACAUAAAGGUUGUUUUCGUGAAGGAUGCCAAAGCGCUGGAAAAGUACAAGGAGAAAGCUAACAUCUACAAUACAAGCGACACGACCAUUAUCAUUCAACGCCCGAGAUCCAAAAAAAGACCUAGAACAGCGUCCGUGAAAGAUUGUGUACUUACGAAAGCCAAACAACUCAAUCUUUAAAGAUUUAAAAUGAUAAGGAAACUAAAAUAAUGAUUUAAAAUAUCAUGUUUCAUUGAACUAGAACAGAAGAAAAUUAUUUAAAA